AUGGUUGAGCUCGUGAGUUUCAAGCCGGAGUUCAUUAGCACGUUCAAGAGCGUGCCCAACGAGAGCCUCCUGACGAUCAAGAAGCUGACGCCAGUGUUGCUUAGUGCAAAAACGAAGCGAGGCAAGAAGAACGAGAACAAGCUGAUGAUGUACAUCAUCAAGCGAGGUGACUUUGGAAUGGACAUGGAUCCUUUGUCGUGCGCUGUUCCCAACGUUGUCGAGUUCGGACCGGAUUGGCGAGCUGGAAUCAUCAAUGGCGACGUCAUCUUUUGCUUUUUCAGCCCUACCGUUAUCGAGGACGAACAAGAGAUGGUUGGGCUUGUGAGUUUCAAGCCGGAGUUCAUUAGCACGUUCAAGAGCGUGCCCAACGAGAGCCUCCUGACGAUCAAGAAGCUGACGCCAGUGUUGCUUAGUGCAAAAACGAAGCGAGGCAAGAAGAACGAGAACAAGCUGAUGAUGUACAUCAUCAAGCGAGGUGACUUUGGAAUGGACAUGGAUCCUUUGUCGUGCGCUGUUCCCAACGUUGUCGAGUUCGGACCGGAUUGGCGAGCUGGAAUCAUCAAUGGCGACGUCAUCUUUUGCUUUUUCAGCCCUACCGUUAUCGAGGACGAACAAGAGAUGGUUGGGCUUGUGAGUUUCAAGCCGGAGUUCAUUAGCACGUUCAAGAGCGUGCCCAACGAGAGCCUCCUGACGAUCAAGAAGCUGACGCCAGUGUUGCUUAGUGCAAAAACGAAGCGAGGCAAGAAGAACGAGAACAAGCUGAUGAUGUACAUCAUCAAGCGAGGUGACUUUGGAAUGGACAUGGAUCCUUUGUCGUGCGCUGUUCCCAACGUUGUCGAGUUCGGACCGGAUUGGCGAGCUGGAAUCAUCAAUGGCGACGUCAUCUUUUGCUUUUUCAGCCCUACCGUUAUCGAGGACGAACAAGAGAUGGUUGGGCUUGUGAGUUUCAAGCCGGAGUUCAUUAGCACGUUCAAGAGCGUGCCCAACGAGAGCCUCCUGACGAUCAAGGUCCUGCGCCAGACCAAGCAAGAUACGCCGACCGACGGAUACCACGUCGCUCGCGUCAACCGCUUGCGAACGAAGCUGACGCCAGUGUUGCUUAGUGCAAAAACGAAGCGAGGCAAGAAGAACGAGAACAAGCUGAUGAUGUACAUCAUCAAGCGAGGUGACUUUGGAAUGGACAUGGAUCCUUUGUCGUGCGCUGUUCCCAACGUUGUCGAGUUCGGACCGGAUUGGCGAGCUGGAAUCAUCAAUGGCGACGUCAUCUUUUGCUUUUUCAGCCCUACCGUUAUCGAGGACGAACAAGAGAUGGUUGGGCUUGUGAGUUUCAAGCCGGAGUUCAUUAGCACGUUCAAGAGCGUGCCCAACGAGAGCCUCCUGACGAUCAAGAAGCUGACGCCAGUGUUGCUUAGUGCAAAAACGAAGCGAGGCAAGAAGAACGAGAACAAGCUGAUGAUGUACAUCAUCAAGCGAGGUGACUUUGGAAUGGACAUGGAUCCUUUGUCGUGCGCUGUUCCCAACGUUGUCGAGUUCGGACCGGAUUGGCGAGCUGGAAUCAUCAAUGGCGACGUCAUCUUUUGCUUUUUCAGCCCUACCGUUAUCGAGGACGAACAAGAGAUGGUUGGGCUUGUGAGUUUCAAGCCGGAGUUCAUUAGCACGUUCAAGAGCGUGCCCAACGAGAGCCUCCUGACGAUCAAGAAGCUGACGCCAGUGUUGCUUAGUGCAAAAACGAAGCGAGGCAAGAAGAACGAGAACAAGCUGAUGAUGUACAUCAUCAAGCGAGGUGACUUUGGAAUGGACAUGGAUCCUUUGUCGUGCGCUGUUCCCAACGUUGUCGAGUUCGGACCGGAUUGGCGAGCUGGAAUCAUCAAUGGCGACGUCAUCUUUUGCUUUUUCAGCCCUACCGUUAUCGAGGACGAACAAGAGAUGGUUGGGCUUGUGAGUUUCAAGCCGGAGUUCAUUAGCACGUUCAAGAGCGUGCCCAACGAGAGCCUCCUGACGAUCAAGAAGCUGACGCCAGUGUUGCUUAGUGCAAAAACGAAGCGAGGCAAGAAGAACGAGAACAAGCUGAUGAUGUACAUCAUCAAGCGAGGUGACUUUGGAAUGGACAUGGAUCCUUUGUCGUGCGCUGUUCCCAACGUUGUCGAGUUCGGACCGGAUUGGCGAGCUGGAAUCAUCAAUGGCGACGUCAUCUUUUGCUUUUUCAGCCCUACCGUUAUCGAGGACGAACAAGAGAUGGUUGGGCUUGUGAGUUUCAAGCCGGAGUUCAUUAGCACGUUCAAGAGCGUGCCCAACGAGAGCCUCCUGACGAUCAAGAAGCUGACGCCAGUGUUGCUUAGUGCAAAAACGAAGCGAGGCAAGAAGAACGAGAACAAGCUGAUGAUGUACAUCAUCAAGCGAGGUGACUUUGGAAUGGACAUGGAUCCUUUGUCGUGCGCUGUUCCCAACGUUGUCGAGUUCGGACCGGAUUGGCGAGCUGGAAUCAUCAAUGGCGACGUCAUCUUUUGCUUUUUCAGCCCUACCGUUAUCGAGGACGAACAAGAGAUGGUUGGGCUUGUGAGUUUCAAGCCGGAGUUCAUUAGCACGUUCAAGAGCGUGCCCAACGAGAGCCUCCUGACGAUCAAGAAGCUGACGCCAGUGUUGCUUAGUGCAAAAACGAAGCGAGGCAAGAAGAACGAGAACAAGCUGAUGAUGUACAUCAUCAAGCGAGGUGACUUUGGAAUGGACAUGGAUCCUUUGUCGUGCGCUGUUCCCAACGUUGUCGAGUUCGGACCGGAUUGGCGAGCUGGAAUCAUCAAUGGCGACGUCAUCUUUUGCUUUUUCAGCCCUACCGUUAUCGAGGACGAACAAGAGAUGGUUGGGCUUGUGAGUUUCAAGCCGGAGUUCAUUAGCACGUUCAAGAGCGUGCCCAACGAGAGCCUCCUGACGAUCAAGGUCCUGCGCCAGACCAAGCAAGAUACGCCGACCGACGGAUACCACGUCGCUCGCGUCAACCGCUUGCGAACGGUGAAAACAAAGGCGGCGAAGCUGUCGCAGAUCUUGACACUGCAAAAGGAAAAUUCGCACCGCUAG